AGCGCUGAGGGCGGGCUCGCGCUCAGCACAACGCGCAGUGCCCCUGGGUGACUCAAGCAGCCUCUCUCCGCCCAGCCGCCGCAACCAAGUUCUGCUCGACGCAACCAGAAGUUUCCAGCCGAGCCGGCCAGUUGCUCCGUCUCUCCACCUCCUUCUCCUCCCCCCUCGAGCUCCUCCUCCGCCUGGCCCCUUUGCGGCUAUUUCCAGACACUUCCACCCCCUUCGCUGCCCCCUCCCUCCGCCCAUUGAUUGAUAAAGGUGCCGGCCUGGCCGGCUUCCCGGCUGGACUCCACAGUGCCUGGCAGGGCGGCCGCCGCAGCAUGAGCACCGCCGCUCACUCGCCCGUGGUGCAGAUGGAGGGCAGCGCCGAGCGAGAGCCCCUGCCGCCGGGCUGGGAGGUGAAGAUCGACCCGCAGACCGGCUGGCCCUUCUUCGUGGAUCACAACAGCCGCACCACCACCUGGAGCGACCCGCGGCUGCUGGCGGAGCCGCACAAGGAGGGCCAGUCAUCAGCAAAUGGUCCUUCUCGGGAUACUCCAAGGCCGCCACAAGUAAGAGAAGGAAGCAUGGGAUAUCCUCAACUUCGUGCUGGCUACAUCGCUAUUCCAGUUAUGCAUGAAGGUGCUGAGAACAGACAGCAGCACCCGUAUUACUCUGUUCAUCAGCCUGGCAUGCAACGAUACAAAGCAGAAACUGUUCCCACCACAAAGCGGGCAGAGUCACCUUUAAGGGGGCCCUAUGCCCACUCGGACUCCCCUGCUAGAGGACCAGCUGAAGCUGCUCAGACAGAUAAACAAUGUGGACAGACAACAGCAGCUGCAACAGCCCAAACUCCAGCCUCACAUGGGCCUGAGCAACCUCAGUCUCCUACAACUUCUGACUCACAGUCAGGUUCCCCUCAGUCAUCAGGUAGACCCAGUGCAGGAAGCCAUCAGGUCCGUCGAGGUUAUAUUCCAAUCCCUGUGAUCCAUGAGGAAAAAGGCCUCAGGCAGCCAUCACAAGUAUACCAUCAAGCACAGAAGACGCACUACCCUGCCCAGCAAAGUGAUUACCAUGUCCACCAACCAGUGUAUCACAAAAUUCAAACUGAUGAACGGGAGCCCAAGCCAGCACGGGAGCAGUCCCCAUUCAGAAUGUCUCAGAAGGGUUCGUCAAGUCGUGAAAGUUCACCAGCCAGAGUUACCACUCAGAUACAGUCCCCAGUUCCCAUCAGAGUACAGACAGUUGUGGACAGACCCCAGGCUUCUCAGCAACAAAUCCCACCCCAAGAAACACUACAUGAAAGCAUACCUGAAAACAAGGCAAGCCCAUCAGGAACUGAGAUGCCUUCAUCUUAUAUCCCAAUUCAAGUCAUUCACAAAGAACCAGAUUCUAAACCACCACCACAGAAACCUCCACCCACUGCAGAAAAGGUUGAUGAAAAGAUUCCCUGUCCUGCUAAGAGUGCACCUCCAGAGGAGAGGCUUUCUUCUGAAGAAACUUCACCACAGAAGAUGAUGGAAGUGGAAGAGACACAGAAGCAUCCUGGUGUCUUGAAAGUAGAAGCAAUUCUAGAGAAUGUUCAGAUGCUUGAACAGGCAGUUGAAUCUUUCACAGGCAAGAAAAAUGACAAAAAAUACUUGAUGAUUGAAGAGUAUUUGACCAAAGAGUUGCUAGCCCUAGAUUCAGUGGACCCAGAGGGUCGUGCAGAUGUGCGCCAGGCCAGGAGAGAUGGUGUAAGGAAGGUCCAGAAUAUUUUGGAAAGACUUGAACAGAAAGCAGAAGACGUCCCAGAGGUAGUUCAAGUUUAUGGACUUCAGUCAACCUUGAUGGAGAAUAAUAAGCCACCACAGGAAAUCAUGGAGAUUGAUCCUGUGGCGGACAAAACCAGGAAAGAUACAAGUAACAAAGAUGCCAAAGAGCAAACCAAAAUGGAAAUGCAUCAACCUGAAACUAAGGAAGAAGUAUUUACCAAUCUUGCCAGCACAACAAACACAGUUAAUAACCCAACUGAACCAUAGCCACAUGCUGAACUUUAAAGCUCUCAGACUUUAUAACUUGAAGUGUGUUUUAAGUGAAUUUUAAGUUGCAUGCAUUUCAGAAGCUUUUCAUCAAUUGGUUUUUAAAUCAACAUAGCAGCUUGGGACACACACACUUGCGGGGCAGGGGAGAGGCUAUACAGAAAUUGAUGCAUUUAUCCUAUAUUCUUACACUUUAUAAAGAGACAUGUUUCAAGAACGAGUCUUGUUCUUAAGAUACUUUUGUGCCAGCUGGAUCCAAAAAAUGCCUCCGGGUUAACAUUGAUACGUGUUGUAUUUUAAUGUUUCUUCUGCAGGUAAUUUUUGUAAAAUCAAAGCCCUGCCUCACCAGAAUACCAAACCCUUCUACAAGUGUAGCCACUCUAGCAAGAAUAUUUUAUUUUUAAUGUUCAUAAAUGGGCACUUUAAGUAAAGAUGCAUAAAAAGUGUGUAAGAAAUUGUAGAGCUAUUUAUAUGUGUGAAGGACUUCAGUGCUAUAUUUUAAAAGGGAAAUAAAAUAAUAUA